AUGGAUCCAGAACGCAACGGUAGCUUCCGGAAAUGGCUCGGAACAUCAAUCUAUCACCUUCCUGAUUGCCUGGCGUCAUUGUGCCUUCAAACGUAAGAAACAAUUUAUUCUUUGGGACCAGAAUACUGGGAAUGCAAAAGCAAUGCCAAAGCAACUUGUUCAUAGUAAAGGAGCCGAGUUGUUGACCAUCAGCAAAAGAUAAAUCGAUCCGAAGCUUGCAGGUACACAAAGCCAAAGCCCAAGAAAAGCGAUAAGAAAGAAAAUCUGAACGGAUGAGAAACCCGUCACAUCCCAAGCCAGGAUAAUAGACUCAAAUUGUAGUCAAGCAAGAAACCAUGGUUAUCUGGUCCACGCUCCGACGCAUGGGUCGUCCUUCCCCCGUGACAAGGAGCGCCCAAUCCUUGUUAUCUCGUGGUGGACGAACCAAGUUUCUCUCGGCAAGUCCCAAUUUUGUGUCGCCCACAAGUGAUUUCUUUGCCGAACCACCCGUUCCGCCUCCUGCCAUAACGACAAGAGAGGUUGGGAUAACAAUUGGAAUAUUGCGGGAAACGUACGAUGAUUGGGAACGGCGAACGCCCCUGACUCCUCAUCAUGUCCAGGAGUUGUUGGGUGCCAGCAACGGAGGUUUAUCCAAAGUCUUGGUGCAGCCAUCUUCGCAACGAUGUUUUUCCAAUUUGGACUACCAGCAAGCGGGAGCAGUUCUAUCGGAUGACUUGGCUGGGGCGGACAUCAUUUUGGGUGUCAAACGACCCAAGGAUCCAGAAACUAUGCUGAACGACAAAACCUAUGUAUUUUUCUCUCACGUCAUUAAAGGACAAGAGAGCAACAUGGGCUUGCUGCAACGAGCUUUGGAAAAGCGAGUCCAGCUCGUCGAUUAUGAAUGUAUUGUAGAAGAAACAAAGGGGGGAAGGGCCAAUCGAUUGGUGGCCUUUGGAAAAUAUGCUGGACUGGCGGGAAUGAUUGAUAGUUUCUAUCCUCUGGGUAGACGACUAGUGACGGAUCUUGGCAUACACACUCCAUUUCUGAAAAUUCCAUUGGCAAGCAUGCAACCAGAUUUGGAACAGGCCAAGCAAACCAUUCGAUCGGUUGGUGAGCAAAUUGCAUAUGAAGGAUUACCCAGUGAGCUGAAGGAUCCCUUGGUGUUUUGUGUCACCGGUCUGGGUGGGCGAGUCUUCGGAGGUGCAAUGGAGGUGCUGGAUUUGCUGCCGCAAGAACGAAUUCGUGCCGAGGAUUUGCCAGAACUCUACAAUCAGUCGAACCCAGACAAGCACAAAGUCUUUGUGGUGACCCCAUCGCCAGAAGAGAUGUACUACCACGUGAAUGAUGGUUCAUUUGAUGCCGAUCAUUGGAGGAACAAUCCAGGCUCCUAUGCAAGCAAUUUUGCAACAACCAUUGCUCCGUACAGUCAUGCUCUGGUGAACUGCAUCUACUGGGACCCGCGGUAUGCCCGUCUUUUGACUAAGGACGAUGCUCAGAUGCUUCAUGAGAAUGGUCAAAACAGGCUCUUGGUGGUAUCAGAUAUCAGCUGUGAUGUCAAUGGCUCCAUUGAGUUUUUGGAUCGCACCUGUACAAUUGCUAAGCCAUUCUUCCAGUAUAAUCCUCUUACACGUCUUGAGGAAUGUGCCGACAUUGGAGAAAGAGGAAUUACAGUGAUGGGGACGGAUAUUCUGCCCGCAGAGCUCCCAAAGGAGAGCAGUGAUCACUUUGGCAGUGCUGUUGUGAAAGUUCUGAAUGAACUCAUUGCGACUAGAUCGGAUGAUCCUUCUGCGGCAUCUAGCAACUUCAUUGAUCUUCAAAGCGGAAAAGCCCCUGUCUUGCUGUCCCACGCUUGCAUUACAACCAGCAAAGGUGCUCUUGCUCCAAGAUAUCAAUACCUGGAUUCCUUUUUGCAGUACAACAUGGAGCAUCGAACGACAGUGGAGCAAAGUCAACAUAUCGAUGUCUUGCUCAAUGGCCACCUGUUUGACUCUGGUCUCAUCAACACGAUCCUUGACACAGCUGAGCAUCUCGGGUGCGGGUUCAAUAUCUUAAACUGUCGCAUCAAUCGAGGAGGGCUUGCCAAGGAUGUAGCGCCCACGGAGAAGUCGACUGCGUUGGUUCAAUUCUGGGGCAACAGUCAGGCCGACCUUUCAAUUUUGGAGUCAAAGAUUCAGUUAUUGACUGAUCUCGUGGACAAGGCAGAUGCAUCCAUGAAGGUGGUUGAUCGCAGCUUCUCGACUUCAAAGAACGAUGAUGGUAUCAGUGGAACAGGUGACAUUCCAGUAGAAUCAAAAAAGGGAGGCGCUGCCGUAGUGGAAUCCCAAGAGCAGAAAAAGGUACUGGUCUUGGGUGCUGGUCGUGUGUCCAUGAGCUUGGUUGAUCUUCUCGGGAGAACGGCUGAGAAGCACAUCCAAGUAGCAAGCGACAACGAAGAUGAGGCCAAGGGGGUGGCCAAGAUUGCUGAACGGGGAAGCCAUGUAGCGUUGGACAUCAACAAUGUAAAGGAUUUGGCUUCGUUGGUCCAUGGAAAAGAUGUGGUCAUUAGUCUCCUGCCUGCAACCAUGCACCCAGCUGUCGCAGAGGAAUGUAUCAGGCAGAAAGCAAAUCUCGUGACAGCGAGCUACGAGAGCCCCGCCAUGAAAGAGAUGAAUGAAAGGGCCAAAGACGCUGGAAUCACUAUCCUCAACGAAGUCGGUCUGGAUCCUGGACUCGAUCACAUGAGCGCUAUGAAGAUCAUUGACGAUAUCACUUCCCGUGGUGGUACGAUUCGCAGCUUCCAAAGUGUUUGUGGUGGCUUGCCAGCACCGGAAGCAGCAGACAACCCCCUGAAAUACAAGUUUAGUUGGAGCCCCAAAGGAGUCAUCGCGGCCAGUCAAAACUCUGCUCGCUGCCGAUGGCACAACGAAAUUGUGGAGGUCGACGGUAAGGACCUGAUGAGAUCCGCCACUCCCUUUGCCGAUGCCUGGCAGGGACUGGAAUUGGAGUGCCUACCCAAUCGCGAUUCCCUAAAGUACGAGAGCAUCUAUGGAAUCGACAAGGCGGCAACAUUGUUCCGGGGAACUCUCCGCUACCGAGGCUUUAGCAGUCUCAUGAGCGUUUUCCAGAAAAUGGGGCUCUUCGAGUCUACCCCGGCAAAAGCUGCCUCGUGGGACGACACGCUCAAGAUGAUGCAUGCGGGCAGUGACAGUAUGGAUACGUUUUUGCUCGAGUGUGCUGAUGGAGACCCUAUCAAAGCCGCCGCGGCCAAGGUUGCUUUGUUUGAGUGGAAGAUGCUACAAGCAGACGCUGCUGUGGCACACCCUGACAGUUUGGUGGAUUCCUUCUGUGCCGUGUUGGAGGAUCACUUAAAGUUUGAAGACGGUGAACGUGACAUGGUGGCAAUGCACACGGCCAUUGAUGCGUCGUUUGAUGACGGUCGCCCCAACGAGGUGCACCAGUCGAGCUUGUUGGUGUUUGGUGACAGCUCCAUGUCCGCCAUGUGCCGAACGGUCGGCUUCCCGGCGGCUGCAGCAGCCGAUUUGGUGUUGAGCGGAGAGUUGAAGGACCACAAAGGUCUAGUGCUACCUACAGAUCCGCGCAUCUACAACAGCAUCUUGACAGCCGUGGAAAAAGAAGGCAUUGUCUUUGAAGAGAGCGUUGUGACCAAGUAAACAGGAGAAGCUUUCUCUUUCACAUGGUCGGCUAGCUAGCCAGCAAGGUAGACUACAUACUAGUACAUUACAGCAGCUGAAAGUUCAUAAAGCAACCCAACAUGAGUUUAGAUCUUCCCUCUUCUAGGAAGAGCCAGCUAUUUUUAUUGCUUUUUCUUGUCGUCCGCACUGCUACUAUCGUUGUUGAUUGUUGCGGAAGUGGAGCCCUCACCACUGUUGCUACUUUGAUUCUUUUCUUCAUUGCCACUGUCUUCAAACGCAGAGUAUAGAACGUAUUGAAUUCC